GAAAUCUGGUCAUUCUUCUGUGGGUGCAAGAGGUACUGAAUUUGCCAUUGCCCCGCAAGCUGCCACCACCAGCAACUGGGCGACAUCUCCUCACACCAUGCAAAAGGAAAACAAAGCUGGGGCAGCCAGGAAUGAAAAAGCUGUGAGCUGCUUAUACCAAAAGCCUAAUGCAGUUUUUAGGCUGAUUUGCUUUCCUUGGGCAGGAAGUGGCUCCCUUUAUUUUGCCCAAUGGGGCAAAAAGAUGAAUGACUUUUUGGAAGUGCACUCCAUAAGGCUUGCUGGGAGAGAAAGUCGAAUUGAAGAGCCUUUUGCCAGUGACAUCUACCAGGUAGUUGAUGAAAUUGUUUGUGUUCUGCUGCCAGUCCUCCAGGAUAAGCCAUUUGCAUUUUUUGGCCACAGUAUGGGGGCCUACAUUGCUUUUAUGACUGCACUACAUCUAAAAGAAAAACAUAAGUUACAACCGAUGCAUUUAUUUGUGUCAAGUGCAACUCCUCAUUCAAAGGCCAGGUAUCACUUUCCUGAAGGUGAAGAAUUGUCAGAAGAGCACAUUCACUCUUUCAUUUUGAACUUGAGGGUCACUCCCACAGAUUCCAUUAAUGACAAGGAAAUUUCUCAAGAAUAUUUGCCCAGACUGGUGGCAGAUGUACGCAUUCUUCACAAGCUCAUGUACCUGGCACUCCUCCCCUCCGCCCCCGGCCAAGCACACACGCUUUUGGGGAGAGGAGGGGGAUCUCCGGGAGGAUGUGGCCCUGGGCCUGCCGGGCGGGGGCCGCGCCUGCAGAGAAAGCCCCGGUGGUGCUCCCGUCCGAGGGCAGCGCUCAGCACCGCGGACUGGGGCACCGUCUGGGGUGCGGGGCCCGGGUGUCCAUGGCACUUAGAGCCCGUGUGGGGCAGUGCCAGCCCCUCGCUCACCCGCUCCUCGGGGGGAGGGGGGGGUGCCGAGGCCCCGCACGCCGCCUGCCAGCCCGGAGCCCGGGCCGCGCCGCAAGCACUCCCGGCGGCAGCGCUCCCGCCCCCGGCCCUGCCGCCCAGCGCCCGCCGGGACUGCCGGGACCCCAGUUCUCCUAGCGGGUCCCGCCCUCGGAGCUGUGACCCCCGAUGUCUUCUGGCCGGUGCGCCCCGGCCGGUGCUGCCCCCCGCCGCCGCCUCCGGCUCCGGCUCCGGCUCGGGCUCCGGUUCCGGCUCUUCCCGCCGUGGCUCCGCGCGCGCGGGCUGGGUGCGCCUCCUGUGCGGCCGCGGAAGCUCUGCUUGGUCCGGAUUUGCAGAGAUUCAAUCCGCCGCGGGCGGCGGGAACAGCCUUCCCGGACACACCCUGUUACCUUCAAGAGACACUGGUAAUACUUCAGGAAAGAUCCUGAGAAAAGUUACUAUUUUUUUUUCUUCUGUUUACAGCUUUAAUGCACCAUCUGAGGCCAUUCUAUCUUGUGACUUGACAUGCUUUGUUGGAUCUGAAGAUAUAGUAAAGCAUAUGGAAGCCUGGAAAGAUGUCAGCAGUGGGAGUUUUCAUAUUCAUGUGCGUCCAGGAAAUCAUUUUUAUCUCAUGGAAACUUCCAAUGAGACCUUCAUCAUGAACUACAUAACCAAGUGUCUAGAAAUAUCGAUGCUUGCCUAACUAGACAUUUUUCCGGUCUUAAAAAGUCAAAAUGAUUAUAUGAUACUUAAUUUUUUUUUUCAGAAGUAGUUGAUUGUUUUAAUUCAGAAAUUGGAAAGUUAUAGAUUUAUUACUGUCAGGGGAUUUGUUAUAUACACACACCUGCAUCUAAGGACAAAAGACAGAUGGGUCAAGCAUACUUCUGAUUCUUUGUAUUAGAAUCUCAUUUGAGUCUCAUCUGUGGGAAGUUUGUCAACAAAAUUCCUGCUUAGUAAAUGAUCCAUUUUUACAUUCAACUAUUUUAACAGUAAAAAUGUCAGAUAGGGCACUUGCUUGAAAUUAAAUUAUUGUUUCAUCUGCACACGGGCUCAAAGCUUGAUCUAAUCUUUUGAAUUAUAGGCUCAUUCCAUUUAAUAAGAAAAUGUAGCCUACUGCAUGGUUAAAACCAGACGGUCCUGAGCAAUCAUUGGCGGCUGCUCUGUUGGUGCUCAGAGUGCCUCUGCUGGCGGGUUCCUCCUACAGCACUUGUCCCACCCUGUGGCUCCGGGUGGCCCUGCUGCUGCCCUGGCAAUGACUGACUGACCCAGGGCGAGUAUGGAGUGGCCAACUACAAAUGCCACGACCCAUAGGCACCUCAGCCUCACUCUGUGACUAUCUGAUGUUGAUGUGAAAAGAAAGCAGAACAGCUGGAAGCAAACAGGAGCUAAAAGGGGGAAAAGCAGGGAUGGGAAAAUGAGCUGGGUCAAAACAGUGCAGGCUACAGAUGGGAUCUGCAGAUGCUCUGAUGAGAAGAGGCCCCGUGUCUCUGAGCCGUGUGGAUCCUGCAGGCUCCGGCAAUUCCCAAACUAUUGUAUUUGUCCUUGGAAUCCUGGCUAUUCUCUCAGACAUCCUUAUUUCCUUAUUUCCUGUGGAUCUUCACUAUAAACUCUUGUACUUGAUUGAUGUAA